AUGGAAAAUAAGCUCUUCAGGCUUUUAAAAGGGCAAUGAAGAUGAGAUAGAGUGAUUGGAAACCAAUGAACAGCUUAUGGACAAUGCACAUGAAGUGAAGUAAAUAAAGAUAAAGAUAUGGAAAGAUUUCUAUACCAUGAAACUGGGAAACUGGCCUCAAGUAAAAUGAAGCAAGAGCUAGAUGUACAAAAAGAAUACUACUACUGUUUGAACUCAGCCAAAAAAGCCAUUGAAGUCUAUUUCUGUAACCCUGACAUGACUAUGGGAAAUCUUUUCAUUCAAUUAUCCUUCAAUUCCCAAUCUACCUCCAGCAAUUCCGAACCUAAUUGGCCAUUCUGCUCAUCUUCAACCCACCAAUGCAAGCUUGACCAAUACGACGCAAAGUUUACAUAUGAUUCAGAAAAUAAACUUACUAUAUCUUACACAGUAAAAGGUCCGCAUAAAGACUACUUGUCUGUUACCACUUAUGACAGAAUAAUGAAAUAA